GGCCAUUCUGGGAUUUCAUUUCCAGAGCUGGAAACCCAACCCCAUCUCAGGCUCAUCACAGAGAGGCAGGUUCAAAAGAACUAGGGAAAAUGGCACAAAGCAAAGUAGGAAAGGACUGGUGAGGACACUCACGUUGUGAAAGCUGCCAGUGCCCAUGGAGCCGUGACUGUCGCAAUCCACAUUGUCAAUUGGCUGGAAAUGCAAGCUAGGAGCUAGGGCUAUAGCACAGAGAAAAGCCACGCUGGGCAGGGCAGGGGCUGGUGGACAUGAGGCCGACCUAACCAUCCCAGAGUAUGAGGGAGGUUCAAGUAGGCUGCCUUUACUUCAGCAGAGCCUCCUGAAAACUCCUGGUCUCAGGCAUGAGCUCUGUGGGAUGCUGGGCAGCCCAUCCUGUGUUGGGGUCUGGGAAGCCGCUGGGGUGCAUGGGGAGGGAAGAAGGGAGGUGGAGCAGAGUCCAAUAUUAAUCUUUCAUGAAACAGGCACUUACUGAUGGUGUGCUGUGUACCAGGCCCUGUGCCCAGCCUUAGGAGUCGAGGUAACCUGAGACUAGAAAUAGGCCUCUUUAGGAAAAAUCACAUUUGCCACCAACCAGACUACAAAGUCGUGGCUGGGCCUGGGCUGCCCUCUGCCAUUCAGUGGGACUUGAAUUCCAUGACUGCCAUGCUGUCACGCCCUCCCAGGCCCAUGUACUCUCUAGUUUGCACAGGCCAGUGUCGGGAGAGCCAGGCACGUUGGGGUUGACAAACAACCCCCUCCACCCCCAUCCCAGGUGGAGAGAGGGCUGUCCUGGCUCAGGUAGCUGGGCUGGGGAGGAGGCAGUAGGGGCAGGAGGGGAGGGGGCCAGGACGAUUGUUUGGCUCAUCUGAGGCAUCCUGAGGUUUCCCUGGCUGACUCCAAGAGGCAGCAGACAAUCAGUGCAUUGUCACCACGGCUGCAGCAUGGAGCAGGGAAGCUGCCGUGCAGAGGGCCCCGGGCCUGAGCCUGUCAGGGUGAAACCCAGGCCCUGCCAUGGGGGCUGGAGAGCUCUUGGCCUGCUGCUGCUGCUGGCACUGGCCGCUGCUGUGGCUGGAGGGCUUCUUGGCUUUGCUCACAGCCCUUCCAAGCCAGUGCUGCAGAUUCUCCGUCUGACCCUCCCGAGUCCGAGGGCAUACCAGUCCAACCAAACCACCCAGGUGGACGUGGCCCGGAACGUGGCAACCAUCAGGGUGAUGCCGGCUCAGAGCAAUCACAGCUGGGCAGUGCUGUUCGAUGGGCAGAGCGGCUGUGUCUGUUACCGCCCUGCGGGGCACCAGGCCUGCUUCCUCCGCCUGAUGGAGCCCCAAGAUCGUGAAACCCUGCAACUUCUGGCCCAAGGGUCUCAUAGCCCCAGUGAGGACACUCGCUAUGCCCAGGAGCUGCUAGCCGUGCUUGGGAGCCGUGAGGUGGACCCUACCCAGGUGGGGGCUUCGGUGCGGCACCUUUGCGAGAAGACCCCCAUUUAUUGGGCCCGUCGAGCCAAGGGUGAGUUGGGGCCGGCUGUGGGGAGAGGCCUGGGCUCCCGCAGGAUAGUCUUGGAGAUGGAAAGGAGCACUUUGGGGUUCACAGAGGCCCCUCCCCGCCAGGGCCCCGGAGGCAGCGGCUGAUCUACCUGUGCAUCGACAUCUGCUUCCCAAGCAACAUCUGCGUGUCAGUCUGCUUUUAUUACCUCCCAGACUGAGCCC